GCGACGCAGCUGACUGCUCCAAAGCAAAGCCUCUGUUCCUAACCUAAAAGUUCGCCGUAGAGCGCUAAUAUAUAAUUGAUCUAAAGAUGAUAAAAAAACGCUUAAUUUUCUACGGUAUUUCUUUUAGGAUGAUGCUACAACACAAAAUUAUUGUCCAAUUGAGUUUAUGUUUGCAGCCUUGAAGUGAGGUUAUGUUGCUAGUUUGACACGUAAACGAAAAGAUAAGAAAGUGAGAAGUGUCAAAAUAUAUAUUCUUAAUUUUGCCGAAGAAUAAGGAAACAUGGCACGUUAUUUCCGAGAGGAAGAUAUCGAUGAAUUCAGGGAAUGUUUUUAUCUCUUUGCACGAGGUGGACAAAUCCGAACCCUGGAUGAACUGACAAUCAUCAUGAGAUCUUUAGGUCUCAGUCCGACUAUUUCUGAAUUGAACAAGUACUUAAAAGACAAAGCUGGAAAAAUGUCCUUUGCGGAUUUCCUAGAGGUGAUGCACUUUCAAACAAGAGCAGAGGAACUUCCCAAGGAAGUGAUAGAGGCUUUUCGAGCUGCGGAUACUUCCAGAACUGGAACAAUACCUGCCCGUCAAUUGGCACACAUGUUGCUUCGCUGGGGUGAAAAACUCAGCAGCAAAGAAGUGGAACAAAUAUUUCGAGAGGCUAACGUGUCUUCAAAUGGACAUGUUAAUUACGAGGACUUUGUGAAAAUUGCCUGUGCUCCUGUACCUGACUACUAUUGAUGAAAGAGAUUCUUCAUAGAUUACUUCUCAUAAAAAAUACAUACUAAUUAGAGGCGUUUUCUCAGUUGGUGGAAGCGUUUCACGAAUAGUCAUCAGAAAAACUGUCAUCGACAGAAGAGCUGAGAUUCCAAGCGUGACCUUUUCUCCAGACUCCGAUGGCACAUAAAACACUAGUAGAGCUAAAUAAAAAAUAAGAAUCAUU